AUGGCUAUCCUUCGGACAUGUACCGCUCUUGCAUGCGUUGCUGCAGCCGCUUCGGCUAGACAACUUCCACUUGUUGUAGAUGACUCUCAUCCUUCAUACAGCCCAGUUAUUCCUCCAGCAUUGUCUGACAUCAGUAAUGGAACUGCCAUCGACACUAAGAAGCUCCAAGCGGAUAUCGAUAUCAAGAAGCUGGUCGCCCGUGCCGAAGACCUCUACAAGAUUGCCGAGCUCAGUAUUCCCGAGUACAACCAUCCAACCAGAGUCAUUGGCAGCAAGGGACACCUUGGUACUAUCGACUACAUCUACUCAGAGAUCUCCAAGCUGGGAAGCUAUUACAACAUCACGAACCAGACAUUCCCGGCUGUUAGUGGUAAUGUCAUCGAGUCUCGUCUCGUGAUCGGAUACGAUGUUCCCAAAUCAGCAACCCCAAUGUCUCUCACUCCUGCCACCAAGCGUCAUGAGCCCGUCUAUGGUGACGUCCUCCUGGUUCCCAAUGGAGGAUGCUCGCUCAGCGACUUCCCGCGCAACAUGACUGGCCAGAUUGCACUCAUCAAGCGUGGUACCUGUUCCUUUGGCGACAAGUCAGCCAACGCUGGCAAGGCUGGAGCCGAUGCUGCCAUUGUCUACAACAAUGAGAAGGGUGAACUCUCUGGCACCCUGGGCAACCCCUCACCCGAUCACGUAGCCACUUUUGGCCUCUCCGCUGAAGACGCAGCACCCUAUGUCGAAAGACUCACCAACGGUACAAAGAAGCUUGAUGCCAUUGCUUACAUUGACGCGACUGUCGAUGAGAUUAUGACUACCAACGUCAUCGCUCAGACAACUGCUGGUGAUCCCGAGAACUGUGUCAUGCUCGGUGGCCACAGCGACAGUGUAGCCCCUGGUCCUGGUAUCAACGACGAUGGUUCUGGCACCAUCUCUCUCCUCGAAGUCGCCACCCAGCUUACCAAGUAUGAGGUCAACAACUGUGUUCGCUUUGCUUGGUGGGCCGCUGAAGAGGAAGGCCUCCUCGGAUCAACCUACUACGCCGAGCACCUUUCUGCUGCCGAGAACCAAAAGGUCCGCCUCUUCAUGGACUACGAUAUGAUGGCUUCAUCUAAUUAUGCUCUGCAAAUCUACAACGCCACCAACGAGGAAAACCCCAACGGCUCAGGCGAGCUUCGUGUUCUCUACGAAAACUGGUACAAGGAGCAAGGUCUCAACUACACCUUCAUUGAAUUUGAUGGCAGAAGUGAUUACCUCGGUUUCCUCACGGAGGGCAUUCCAAGCGGUGGCAUUGCUACUGGUGCUGAGGGCAUCAAGACCAAGGAGGAGGCCAGCAUUUUCGGUGGUGAAGCUGGAGCACAGUAUGAUCCUUGCUACCACCAACUUUGCGACGACCUCCACAACCUGGACUUGACUGCCUGGGAAGUAAACACUAAGCUCAUUGCACACUCUGUCGCCACUUACGCCAAGUCGUUCGACGGCUUCCCCAAGCGUGUUGCUGACAUUGAAGAGAGAUCAGUGGAUGAUUCGAAGAAGAGCUCGCCUUUGUUCAAAUACAAGGGCAAUGAGCUCAUUAUGUAA